CUCGUUGCAGGAAAGUGAACGUCUGCCACCCCUCAUCCCGAGCCCCCUCAACUCCUCGAGAAGCGCGCCAUACACCGAAGCGGAGGAGGUCAUGCACGUGGUGGCAGCUGUGGUCUACUCCCUCGUUUUCCUGCUGGGCACCAUUGGCAAUGGGCUGAUCAUCUGGCUGACGGGCUUCAGGAUGAUUCGAACGGUGAACACCAUUUGGUUCCUCAACUUGGCCAUCGCCGACUUCAUCUUCGCAGCCUUGCGGCCCUUCGCCGUGGUCAGGGAGGCCUUGAGCUCAGACUGGCCCUUUGGGUCCACCAUGUGCAAGAUGAACGACUUUGUGAAGUACCUCAACAUGUAUGCCAGCGUCUUCAUCCUCACCACCAUCAGCAUUGACCGCUGCAUGCUGGUGGUCCACCCUGUCUGGUCACGCAACCACCGCUCCAUUCGGAUGGCGUCACUAGUGGCCCUGUUCACGUGGGUCAUCGCCUUCUUCUUCAGCAUGCCUUACCUCUUUCUGAGGGACACCACGACUGACAUCCACAACAAGACGAAGUGCACCCUGAGCUUCACGGGGGACGCGGAGGAGAAGAGACGAGUGCGACUGGCAACCUACAUCACCCGCUUCACUUGCGGCUUCCUGCUGCCCUUUGGCAUCAUCACCACUUGCUACGUGAUCAUCUACCUGAGGAUCAAAGACAAGAAGUGGUCUCGGUCCAACCGCCCCUUUAUCAUCAUCGUGGUGACCAUCGCGGCGUUCUUUGUCUGCUGGAUGCCCUAUCACAUCUUCAACUUUUUGAAGACCAGCAGCCUGCCAAAGGCCUUCGUCAAAGUGGGCUACCGAAUUUCCUCAGGGUUGGCCUACCUGAACAGCUGCCUGAACCCCAUCUUCUACUUUUUCGUGGGCUACAGCUUCAGGAAGGUGGGAGAAGGGUCCCUCCUGACAUCCAUGAAGAGCGUUUUCAUGGACGAUCCCAACCAGGCCAAGCUGAGCAUCACCUCCAGUGAGAGCAUCCAACUCCCGCUGCGCAAGAUGACCAUCACAGUGGCCAACAACAAUGACAGGCACCCAUCCGGCUCGGCCGCCAAUUAACAAAGUGUUCAGACAGACGGACUCCGUCGCUCCGGUCACGUCCGACAUUUCACCAGUAAGGGUAGCGGGCACAGGGCAGCUGCAGGAGGUUCAUCGUGAAAC